GGUCUCAAAUGGCAUAAAAUAACACCUCCUUCCCUCCCGGCCCAGCACAUAAAUUCAGCAAUGGUAUUUCCAUUUUCUCUUCUUCCCCUGCAGGAAAUGAAGCCACAGGGGAGCCGUUCCAGAUGACCUUCCUGGAGUGAAGAUGUCCUCCUUAGACCCCCUGCCUCCCGCCACGCCUCCCACUCAGAAACCCACUCGCAUUAUCAAGCCACGUCCGCCCACCAGGCCGCGUCCUUACGUGCCCCCCAGACCGGACUCCGCCAAGCUGCUCCGGGUCCCUACCCCUCCUUUGCCGCUGGAGAAGGACGGGCGCUCGCCGGCUACCGAACACCCGGGCGGCCCAGCUCAGCCCUUGCACAAGCUGCAGAAAUCUGGCGCCGUUCGCAAGAUCGUGGUACACUUCGAUCAAACGGGUCCCCCGGAGAAAGAGGACGCCGAAAAAAUUAUCCGAUCGCCGCCUUCCGGCUGCCAGCAGCAUGAGAACAAGGAAGAAAAAGCCAUUGGAGAAAAAGAGAGCACGGAUCAGUUGGAUCCUUGCAAGGAAACCCAGCCAUCGGUAUUAUCGGAGGCGGAGCAAAACGGGCUGGAUUUUCCCACUUCCUGUCUGUCCGGCUGCCCCUGUGUUUGCCAUCAACAGAACCCGGGCAUGGUCUUGGUUUGGGUCCCCGCAACAUCCCAGCUGCAGGAUAUGGAGAACGGGCUGGCUUCGGACCUAUCAUCCUCUGCCGACGAAGGCGGAGCCUCCUUCCAAAAAUUCCUGGGAAUCGGUGCCUCGCCUGCCCAGCCUUCCUCCAUCGCAGCGGGCAGGGUCCCGAAAACUCGCCGCUCGUCCCGAAGCAAAAAGCCCCUUGACUCCCCGCCGUCCACAAACGGGCAUCCCGAAGGGGGUGUCGUGUUAACGAGCUACCGUUCCACGGCCGAGCCCCUUCCGCUACGCUGCCCGCCGUUGAUGCCGAAGCCACCUCGUCGCAACAAAGGGGGUGGCUCUGUCUCUCUGGAUGGCGAGCUCCUACCUCCGGCCAUCCCGCCAAAAGCCCCCACGAAACCACCUCGCAGCUCCUUGGGACCCUCGGCUCGCCGGAGUUCCCUCCAAUACCCUCUUGAGAUGAACCACCUUCCUGGCCGCGUCUCUCCGUUUGCUGUUGGGGAAGGUUUUCUCAUGUUGCCUCCCCCCACCCAGCCACCCCCACCUCCCCCAACGUCCCAGACCCCUCCGCCCCUCCCGAUUUCUCAGGCUCGCUCCCAGAUGUGCACAGCUCCCCCUCCGCCUUCUCAGCCCCCUCCCCUGCUGCCUCAGGGUCUCCCUCCUCCGCCAACUCAGCCGCCGCCGCCGCUGGACGGUUCAUCUCUGGAGGACAGCCCUUGUCAAGGUGGCUGCGAAAAUGAAGAGAGCAGUUUCAGCGAGUCGGAGACGGACAAGUCAGACAACAGGCAUUCUUCAGCGCUCUCGUCUAAGAGUCCGGACUGGGGGCUUUGCCUGCAGGACGAACCUUUGUAUCAAACCUAUCGCCAGGCUGUCAUCUCCAAGGAGAUCAAGAGGCAGACGGUUCCACGCAACAGUAGUUUCAGCAGCUCGGAUUACAGAGCCCCUUCUCCUGGGGAAGGGACAACGGGACCCCAGGGCCCCGUCCCUCAUAGCACCCUUUGGCAGGAGCUGCCAGCUGUGCGAGAAAGCGGCGUUUUGGACAACAUCAGCCCAGAAGAAAGGAAAAUGCAAGAGAGUCUCUUUGAGGUGGUGACCUCUGAAGCCUCGUACCUACGCUCGCUGACCCUUCUGAUCGAGCACUUCAUGGAGUCUCGGGAACUGGCUGGCACCAUCCUUCUGCGCGAGCACCGGAUUCUCUUCUCCAACAUCCGCAAAGUUGAGGAAGUGAGCGAAAGGUUCUUACAGGAUCUGGAACGGCGGCUGGCUGAAAGCCUGCAGAUCUCAGACGUUUGUGAUAUUGUGGAGGACCACGCUCAGCAGAGCUUCUCGGUCUACAUUGAUUACGUCCGUAACCAGCUCUACCAGGAGAAGACCUACAGUAGCCUCAUGGAGAAGAACGCCCAGUUUGCCAUCGUCGUCACCCGACUCCAGGAGCAGCCCCAGUGCCAGCGCCUUCCCUUCAUGUCCUUCUUGCUGCUUCCUUUCCAGAGGAUCACGCGUAUCAAGAUGCUCUUGGAGAAUAUCCUGCGCCGGACGGAGGAAGCUUCUUUGCGAGAACAAAAUGCUCUGAAGGCCUUAUCUUCUGUUUCCAAGAUCAUUGAGGAAUGCAACUCCGAGGUCGGCCGCAUGCGUCAUAUGGAAGAACUGAUUCACACGGCCAGCAAGAUUGAGUUUGAUAAGCUGAAGGCCGUUCCCAUCAUUUCCCAGACCCGACAGCUGUUAAAGCAGGGAGAACUCCUGGAAGUUGUGCAUCGUGGUACCAUUUUUGGCAACAAGCCCAAACUGAUCCCCAUCUACCUGUUCCUCUUUAAUGAUCUAUUGUUGGUCACUCAGCGCAAGAGCUCAGAACGCUUUGUGGUGCUGGAUUAUGCCCAUCGCUCGCUAGUCCAAGCCCAGAGUUGCGAGGAUACUACCGCCGGCCAAAACGCCGAGAACAGCUUCUACCUGACAUUGAUGGAGAACCACCAAGGGCGGAGUACCGAACGCCUCUGUCGUGCCCCGACACAAUCCGAUAUGCACCGCUGGAUGGGUGCUUUCCCAUGCCAUGAGUCCCAGUCUAAUAACAAACAGGAAACAAUCUAUGAAGAUUGGGAUUGUCCCCAGGUUCAGUGCACGGAGACCUACAGCGCAGCCCAGGCAGACGAGCUGAGCCUCGAACCGACGGACAUCGUCAACGUGGUGCGCAAAACCGAGGGCUGGUACGAGGGCAUACGCCUAGCCGACGGCAAGAAGGGCUGGUUCCCCUCUUGCUACGUGCAGGAGAUCACGAACGAACAUGUGCGCCGCCGCAACCUCCGCGAGCGUUACCGUGUCCUCCAGGUGGCCCGCCAACUACAGCUGAUGCGCACCAAUUGCGUCAAAAGCAAGUACAGCUCAGCCUGAGACCGAAAACCACAUGGCCAGCUGAGCCAGUGACCCCGGCCUACGAUCAAUCUCACGGCUGGACUCGAGGUUCGAGUUCAAUUUCGCUGGGCGUGGAGCGGCAUUUGCCUCAAGGGGGCGCCGAAGAUGAGAAGGACAGUGGAACAGCAGUUGUGUUUUGGAUCAAAAGCCACUGAAGGGCGGGGGAGAGCGGAAGAGAGAUACAAGCAUGCCCGAUUGACUGUCCGGAGCUGCAAUGCCAAAAGCUAGCCAGCAGAGGCACUAUUUCGAAUGUGUCCUUUCCGCCACAAGGGGGCGUUUUUAGACUGCAUUUUCAGUUGCAUCGCCGAGUUUACAGACUUCGCAACGUCCCGUUUCUUACCGUUCCCAAGUUGCGUCCUAACUCCUCUUGAGUCUGCGUGGCCUCUCGGUAGCCCUGAGCUAGGACCACGAACCUUUCUCAGAGGAUGGUGGGGGGGGAGAAGAGGUGACCCCCCCCCAUCCCCAUCUUCUACCUUAAGAUAGCGAUGAUGCCGUAUUUCAGGAGAUUCCCUUGAUCCGAGAUUACGAUCAAAUGGAUGGCCUCGGGUUUUCACCAGAAGGGUCAGUUCAACCUGAGCAGGAGUUCUACCUGCCCGCCCACCGCCCGCCCCCCCCCAUUUUGUAAUCACUUAUCCACCACCUGUAAAAAAAAAAUACCCGUUCACGAUUCAGGCCUACCACCCCGUAGCCUUGCUUUGGGCUCGUUGCAGGCUGGUUUGUAUUUCACCGGUUGUCAGACGGGUGCGCCUUGCCUUUCAUCGGCAGAACUCUGGUAGACAGAACGCACUCUCCCCCCACCCCACCCCGCCAAUAAAAUGUAUUUUGCAAACAGGAUCUACACCGGUAUAACCAGUUUCCUAAUCCUGAUCUCGGUGCUGUCGCUGCCAAUACUUCAAACCUUCCCGAUGGUCCUUAACCUGGGCUCAGGCGAUGUCCCACCUCUACCUCAGUUCCUGUCCUUUCCGAUGUCAGGAACCCGGGACUCUUACAGCCUGUGGACCCAGUUAAAUUCUAACUCUUCCCCACACCGUCAACAGUUCAACAGAUCUUUCUCCUUCAUGCUAACCUGCCUGAAUAUCCUGGAUUUUCUCCUUUGCGAAAGAGGAAUUCUUGCUCCUCAUUUCCAGGCUGGAAACCUCAACCACGGACCGGCUUGUAUUUAUUAAUGUGCUGCUCUCUUUAGCUCUCGAGCUGGAAGAAUUUUGGCUUGGGGGAGGGGGGGAGCGGGAAGCAGAGAUUGUAUUUUAAUUUAUUCUGUGCCAUAUUUGCUUGCGCUGUGACCUCUCUUGUGUUUUUCUAUCCCAAAUGGCUUUUUUAAAAAAAAAUAAAAUAAAUAAUAAUAAUUGAGG